UCGGUGGUGUGGUUUCCUUUCAACUUAGUUUUGGUCCAGUUUGGUCAAGUGUGCGCGCAACUGACCAAAUGCCCAAAACACGAAACUCAAAACUACAAAUACGCGCGCUUGCACAUACACUCACAUGAAACUAUGUAUGUGCACACAUAUGUGUACACGUGCCCAUAACGGUAGCUGUGUCCGUUAUUCGUACACGAAGCAUUUGAACACACUAACACCGUCGCAGAACGGAACAGUAGUUGCGAUGACCGUGACGGUGGCGGUAAAUUUGUGCAAAUUCAAAUCCUUUCGCCGCUAAAAUUAAACUUCGUCGUUCACAAGUCCAGUUUAGCGACACCCGCGUUCGUAAUCGCGUUCGCGCUCAUAGUUGUUGAGCCGCAUUUGCACUCGCGACAGUUUGUCGCCUCACCGGUACGUUUUUCAUCCUCGAAGGUUUGCAAAGCACCGUUCAACGGAAACAAAAUCACAUCCUUUGGACACGCGGACGAGGCAACAGCGUCAACAGUGAAGGUACUAAAAAGCGAGAAAGGCGGGCAAAAUAAAUAAAUGUGCUGCUCUUGCAUUGCGUACAAUAUUUAUCUUACCUAAAAACCUGCGAAAGUGGAAUCAAAUAAAAAAUCAUGGGAAUAACAUUAAAAUGCAUUGAAAUAAGCACAUACCUAUUCUAAUAUACAUGCAUAUGUGUGUAUGUAUAUGUAUUUGUGAAGUGUUUUUUUUUUUUACUGAUAAACCCUAAUUGUCUAAUUCUAAAGAUUUUUGCUGAUUGCCGUAUCAAAAGCAUCAGUAAUAAAUUUGUAAUUCGAGUGAAAAUAGUGACAGUAAAACUAAUGAUAAAAAAAGUUGUUUAAGUGCAAACUGUUUUUGAGAGAAACUGUUUACAAGGGAAAAUUUAAAAAAUAUUGUGCUUUUAAAUAUUUUGGAAUUUCCCGCCUAAAUAACAGAAGUAGGCCAUAAUAAGAAAUAAAUCAAACCAAGGAAUUGCUUUAAACCAAAAUCUGCUUAUUUUUCCAGCAGUUUGUUAUAAAAGACUUCAAACUGUUCGACAACGGCCUCAAGUUGGAUAUAUCCAGCUACUCCCAUAUGAAUAUUCGUAUGAGCACAAAAGGCAAGCGCCCUUUGCGGAGCUUGACCCCGAGCGAUAAAAUUCAUGCCAUUCAACGAAUACAUGACGGGGAAUCUAAAGCUUCCGUAGCUCGUGACAUUGGAGUCCCUGAAUCCACUUUACGUGGUUGGUGCAAAAAUGAAGAUAAGCUACGUUUUAUGUCUCGCCAAACUGACAAGUUGACUGCCGAUUCACUUACUGAAAAAUUGGGAGCUUCGGGGGCAAUGUUAGGAGGGCCACCUGAAAAACGUCAAAAGAUGGACAGCGGCUCUGUACCAUUCAAUUAUUCAACUAAAAUAAAAUACGAUGAAGUUGUAUACAAAAGAUCUCCACUUAAUGGCAUCGAGUAUUGUUCAACCAAAAGUUUGUCAGAACUAGGCUUCAAUGGUCUCCCCUCCGACUAUAUGGCUUUUAGCGGUGCUGUUAAAAACAAAGUGUAUGGUGCUGAUAUAUCACGCCAAGGAGAUCCAGCUAUUGCUGCCAUAAGCCCGCUUACUAGUCUAUCUCAUCUCUCAGGAUUAUCUGGCUUGGCACAAUCCCCUCUUGCAAUAAGUUUUAAUGAACUUACAUCGAAUUUGAAUUUGUUGGCGCAAUUAAAUCCUGGACUAGCAGCAAUGUCCGGGCUAAACGGAUUGGCAGCCACAGCGAGCACAUUGCGUAAUGUGAAAACAAAACUACAGCCACAACAAAGUCCUCGUAGUGAAAGCGGAGAACGACAACAGGGAUUGUCUGUUAAAAAUUGGGCUAAACAGAAAUCCCCAACCCCUAAUUCCUCAGAAAAUGUCAAUUAUGGGCUGAACUUAUGUUCAAAUGAUAACAACGAGAAUAAAAUGAAAUCAAUAGUGCCAUCUGUUGGAAAUAGUGUACCAUCAAUAACUAGUCUAUCUGAUGAUCCUUUACUUUAUUGGUUAAAAUCUCAACAGGCAAUGUUGGGUUUAGGUAAUGUCUACCCACCACCGACAGUUCCACCAGUUGGAGCAUCCAGCCCCCCAAUGCGUUCUUCAACACCUCAGCAAUCUGCAAAACUCCAUAUCAACGUGCCAUUGAAUGCUUCCGCGGCAGUGACUUCAUCUUCAACACCCUCAGCUAGUUUAGACGACAAAAAUACUGCAUGGUAUAACUGGUGUAAAGCUCUAGGAGCUAGCCUUAACUCUCUAGCACCAGCUACGCCCGCCGUAAUUCAUGGAGGAUCCAUGCUGAAGCAGUCACCACCAUCAUCUAAUGUGAAUAUUUCGACUAACAUCGAAACAUCAUCCGCAUCAAAUGAUUCCACCCAAAAAACACAUCUGGAAAAUAUUUUGUUCAAUCAGCUAACCAAGAAUAUUGAUAGUUCUCCCAUUGAAAGCACAACCUCGGUUGAUAAUAAUCAUUCUAAUGAUAUUAAACAUGUAGACUCAUUAACGAAUCCCGAAGAUCUAUCCGCCAAAACGAUAACAACUCCUUUUGGGCCAAGUUCUCCCAUUCAUUUACGACCAGUUGCAAAUACAUCGCCCCACCCAAAUACAGAAGAAAGCCUAGUCCGAACUCCAGCACACAGCCCGUAUGAGCAAUCUAAUGUUAAUCAUCCCAGCUCCCCUUUUUACAAUGAAGGGGAGGAAGAUGGGGUUACAAAUAUGGCGGAUUGCAAAGACGUUCUGGAUAACUUAUUAUACAAAAUCAAUAAUAACCCUUCGGUGGCUUCGCUUAGUAAAGCGACAACCCCGACAAGUGAAGGCCCCGACAGAGAUGGCUGCUACAGUGAGUCUAAUGACACCUAUAUCAGUGACCAUAAUCAGAACAGCAGCGAGGACAAUACCAACAAUAAUCACUCAAACAAGACAGAUGAAGAAGAACGAUUUAAAGUUUUGGAGUUCAAGGUGACCGAAUACAAAGAUUCUGAAGCCAUAAAACAUGGUGAAAAGUUCCUUAAAUGGUUAGAAAACUGUAGCGAUCCCCGCAUUACAGCAACACAUUUAAUGCAGUUGAGAGUUCUUAUAUCAGCUUUAAAAUCUAAUUUCGAUACCAAAGUAGAAAACUCUGUAGAGGACGUCAGAAAAGGAUUUUCCGAAUGCUGUAACGAAUAUGCCGUGAAUGCUCUGGAAGACAACAAUAGAAUAAAUAAAAUACGUCGUCGCAAAUAGGAACAACCCAAAUCUGCUACAGUGGAGUCUAAAGAAUGAACCCGUAGGCAAAAAUUGUACACAAUAUAAAACAAAUAUUCAUAAGAAAAAAGUAAAGAAAUCUACAUUUAUAAGUAAAUUAGUUAAAAUAGUGGAAAACUGUCAAUGAUUCUUCGUUGAAGAGGUCAGUUUUCUUACAUGUCAACGUGAAUGAAAUGUAUCAAAAUAAUCAAGAAGCUUAUAAAAUGACUUGAAAACUUCACGACGAUGAGAAAAAAUCAAUUUAAAUAAAUUUUAUGUUGUAACGCCAAUAGUAAAUCAGCAAACUAACUUAUUAACUUAAAACUAUUAAUUAAUUCUUAUUGAUUUAGUCCUAUUAUAUUUAUUCCUAUUAUUAUUCAUACUUUGUACAUAAUACAAGAAUGAUAGAAUACAAGAUUGCGCCAAUCGAGCUGAGAGAAACUGGCCGUGACGUCAAAAUAUACUAG